AAAAUAGAAAGAAGAAACGACCUUGUGUUUGUGAACAUGGCGAUGGGCUCCUCCAUUUAUUUGACACGUCUUUUUCUCCUCUUCUCUGUUUUUUUCUCUUCUCAAAACUUUGAAAUGAAUUUUACUUGUUUUUAAUUAGAUCCCAACUCAAUCAAUUGAACUUACUAAUCAAACCCAAAAUUUAUAUAUGAUUUUGAUGCCAAACUAUCGCUAUUGUUUCGGAAUUACCGGUAAAUAAAGCGGGAGAGGUGAAUGAUAAUUCUAAAAAAGGAAAGGGAAGGGAGGAGGCGGUGUAGGGGGCUGUUGUUCUAAGUGUAAUGUCUUUGGGGGAAAAGGAAAACCCAUGGAGGUAUGGAAAAGCUGCCGUCGCCGCUGCUGCCGGAGCUGUCAAUAUUCACAGAGUCGGUUCAAUCGUUCGCGACAUCGGAGAUCCUUGUCUUUCCCAGUCUCCUAUCAAGGUUUGUUUUAGCUGCAAACAAGAUGCUGAAGCCAGAGAAGUGGCAGGCUGCUUUUGAUAAUGAAGGGAAGGUUGUUGAUUUUCACAAAGUACUCAAGUUGAUUAUUUUAGGGGGGGUCGAUCCAUCUAUAAGAUCAGAAGUUUGGGAGUUUCUUCUAGGUUGCUAUGCAUUGGGGAGCACUGCAGACUACCGAAGGCAAUUAAGGACAGCCCGAAGGAAACAUUACAACGACCUCAUACAGCAAUGCCAGUCAAUGCAUUCAAGCAUAGGAACUGGUUCACUUGCCUAUCCUGUGGGUUCAAAAGUUAUGGAUAUGAGGUCAGCUUCUAAAGAUGAGCAGAGAAGGGAAUCAAAAGUUGACAAUAGACAAGCUUCCACUGAUGUUACUGAUAACAGAGAGGAAGAUUCUCAUUUAGGUGAUAACUGUACUAAUAGGUUAUAUGCCGACCAAGGAAAAGGUUGUGAUUUUGCUGACAUUAUCAGUGUGAGGGGAAAUGCUCAUACUGCUGCACAUGACUCUUGCUUUUUACCAACUUCGGGUCCAUGUGGCCGCUACUCCCCAAAAAUAAGGAGAGACUGUAAUGGGUCAGAUUUCUCAACUGGAUCUGAUUUUGAUUUUCCUCCUUUACCACUAACAGAUUUGUUUGAGAAGAAUGAAGAUGAGAAAGAAUUUGAUGCAAAUGAGGGAGAGAAUGCUGCCAAAUAUAAGGUGACACUUGAGGAUGACAAUAUGCAUAGUUUUCAAAUCAAUAACAAUGCUGACUUAAUCAUGGAAUCAAAUGUUCCACCCUCACUAUCUAAAAGUAUUUCACUCCCUUAUAACUCUGAAAUUGAAUUGGUCCCUCCUGAUGCCUAUGAGCCAGUUCUGAGAUCCAACAUUGUAAGUCAUAAAGCAGAAACAGUGAACAGAUUAAGAAUUUUAGAUGUUCCAAAAACCCGAUUGGUAAAUGCAAGCGGAUCUCAAGAAGGGACUGCCCAUGAUGAAACAGUAUCUGAAUGGCUUUGGACUCUACACCUAAUAGUCGUUGAUGUGGUGAGAACGGAUAGUAAUCUUGAGUUCUAUGAGGAUAAAAGAAAUGUUGCUAGAAUGUCUGAUAUUCUUGCUGUUUAUGCAUGGGUUGAUCGUGCAACUGGUUAUUGUCAAGGUAUGAGUGAUCUGCUAUCUCCUUUUGUUGUUAUCUUUGAGGAUAAUGCAGAUGCAUUUUGGUGCUUUGAAAUGUUGAUUAGGAGAAUGCGUGAAAAUUUUCAGAUGGAGGGACCAACUGGAGUGAUGAAGCAGCUGCAAGCAUUGUGGCAUAUUUUGGAACUCACAGAUAGGGAAAUAUUUAUACAUCUAUCAAAGAUAGGUGCUGAAAGCCUUCAUUUUGCAUUUCCAAUGCUGCUGGUUCUAUUUCGCCGAGAGUUAUCCUUCAAUGAUGCUCUUUGUAUGUGGGAGAUGAUGUGGGCAGCUGAUUUUGAUGAAUCUGUCAAUUGCAAUCUAGAGAAGAUCUGUUUAGAGGCAUUGACUGUACAAGUUCCUGGGGACUCUAGGGCAGAAGAUGAAGAAGAAAAUACAGAAAAUGGAAAUCAUAAUGCAAUAGGUGGCCUACAAUUUAAGCAUUCUUUGUCUGAGAACGAAGGAAUAAAAGCUGCAUCGACUUAUCACUUUUGUGGUUUGACUCGAAAUUUUUGGUCUAGAAAUGAUCGUCUCCAAAUAUGCAAUGUUGUCUCUCCAACUAGGAAAGGGGAUGAUGAUUUGCCUGUCUUUUGUGUGGCUGCUAUUCUUAUCAUGAACCGCCAGAAACUCAUCAAGGAAACCCGUUCAAUAGAUGACAUGAUAAAGAUUUUCAAUGAUAAGCUUCUAAAAGUCCAUGUCAGAAGGUGCGUAGGUACAGCAAUCAGACUAAGAAAAAAAUACUUUUGCAAGUUAAUCAGGAUAAAAGGGCAUUCCCGUCGUCAUAGUCAGUAGGUCUACAGCAUUUCCUGCCUACUUUCUCGAAUGGAGCAUAAAGAAGAAGUGCUUUGCGGUCGAAGAUUCUUCCUACUUUUUCACUCCAUUAUCUUCAAGUCUGUUCCAAGGUACUAGAAAAGACUGAAAGUUGGAAGAAGUCCCAUCUUUUCAAGGUUCAUACGUAUGUAAACAUUUAUCUAUCACAAAAUACCUCUUCCAGGUUAGGCAAGCAUGAUCUGGCUUUUUACCGAUAUAUAAUUUGAUUUAAGUUUAAAAUCUAAAUGUUAAAUUGUGAAUUUACAGAAAGAAAAAUAAUACUGUGUAGUUAUUAGAUAAUUGAACUUUUAACUUUUCUGUAGGACAGUUUAGUUGAAGGAUUGAACAAGUUAUACAAUUUAUUUGUGGAAAGAAAAUAGUUGCCAUUUUUUUGUUUUUUA